UGUAGCAUCUGUGCAGAAAGCCCAAAAAGGUUCUGUGCUUCAGUGCUUGUGAGACCAGUACGGGUUGUUAGAGAGUAGGUUUAGGCUUAAAAUGGCUGAUUUAGAUGAUUUCUUUGCGAAAAAGGACCGAAAGAAAAGUAAAGGUAAAAAGUUUACGACAACAGACGAAAUAGCGAAGAAACUUGAAGAUGCGGGUAAAAAAUCCGAAAAGGUAAAAAAACCCAUGCCGUUACAGCAGAUUGGCACGGAUGGAGAUGAAAAUAUUCACCAGACACAGGACGAAGAUGAUGAAUGGAAGGAAUUUGAAGAAGAAAAGAAGGAUUACUCUGGACUCCGUAUUGGAAACUUAACCAUAACAGAAGGUGAUAGCGAGGGAGGUGGUUGUGAUGGUGAAGAACAGGAUAUUAUGGAGGAAAAUGAAGCCGGUGAACUAGUUCCUCGGCGCAAGGUUCAGUCUGGGCCAUGGAAAAUCGUUGCUCCACAAUCCCAACCUGAACCAGAACAGCCAGUUGAAGAUAAGCAUAUUGAGUAUAUGCCUACAGGUGGUUCUGCAUACUUACCACCGCACUUGAGGAACCAGCCAAGGGAAAUACAUUCUAGUCCUCGGAUGAAGAACAGAACUGCACCAGACAUAAAUAGUGAAGAAUUCUUCCCCACUCUAUCUGCUUCAAAGAAUGUUGAUCCUAGAGCUCAAGGUCGAAAGAGACGAGAUGAGGGUGCUUUUGAAGAAGUCCGUAACAGCCGAUCCCAUUCCAAUCGAUAUGCAGAGAGUGCUAUGGCAGCCUCAGGACCACGUCUCAGUUUGGGCAACAAGUAUGGUGCCCUGAGCCAAGAACAGAGCUGAGACUGGCCUGACCUCCCCCCCCCCCCCCCUCCCCCUCCUUUACACACACACACACACACACACACACACACACACACACACACACACACACACACACACACACUCUCUCUCUCUUUUAUUGCUGUAAAUCAGUUGUUGGUAUUUUUUAUUGAUGUGUUGUCAUUCAUUUUAGUAAUUCAAUAACUACAAGAGCUUGUUUCCACCAUAAUUAUGGCAGUGUGACUUUCGUGAUUCAUGAAGAACAAACCUAGUGGAUGAAGCCAUUUUACCUGUAUGGUGGGUGUAAUAGCUUCUGGCUGUUGUGAAGUGUCUCAUUCUAAAAAAGAAAAAAAGUUGAAAUACUGUGAAGUGCUUUGUGGCACGAACAAGUUUGAAUGAAACUGGUGACUGUUAAAAGAGCUUCAUAUGUUUAUAGAAGAUAUUUGAUGAUUUACAAUAAAAAGCUCCACAUGUGCUAAAAUUGUUUUAUUGUAUAAAUUUCUCAGUGAUCUAACUACUCUAGGAUACUUUACCAAAAAUUAAGAUUUCACUGUAGCAAACAUUCCUUUGUUUUUGCUGUUACUAUUGUUGUUUGUUGCAUUGACCUUUAUGCAGGAAAAACUUUCACUGGUAUUUGUGAUAAAAAGAUGGCUGGCUGUUCAUCACAAGGAAUGAGUAAAUAGAAAACUUGAAACAGCUCAUUGUUCAAGGAUUUGGGUUAGAUAACUGUAAAGUGUAAAAAUUAACAAAGUAUUUGUUUGUGCUUAUUUGUUGGUUAAAGGACCAGUUGAAAUUCUGGUAUUCAUUAAAGCAAUAAAUUACUUUUUUACAAAAUUA